AUGACGAUUUUCAUAAAUGAAGGAUUGCUUAAAAUUACACAAAAAUUGUGUUUAAUAGCCUUGACUAUAUAUAUAUACAUUAUAUUUUCAUCAGAAAUACGAACCUGUCCAUUGGUCAAAACUGGCCCGAAGAUCUAUCCAUUUGAUAGUCAAUUUUUCCAAUCGUCAGUACUUUUCUUGACUGCAGCUGCAAUAUCUAUAGUCGAAUGUGAUAUUUGGCCGUACAAUACAAAACCAAAAAAUAGAAUAAUUCAAUUUCUUGCAGAGCUGUAUAUUAUGACAACGGUUAUGAUACUUAUCUAUGCUCUAUUUUGGCACCCCAUAGUCAUAACUACAUCUAUAUUCACUGAUAAAUUGAGUGUACUAACAAAUAAAUGGUUGGGAAGUGCGAAUAUCUACAAAAAAAGCAUUCCAAUUUGUAUGGGCAACAUUCGCAGUACAAAGUUCCAUUGCAAUUUAUUAGGCUCAUUGAUAUUGCAUUAUGUACUCGAUAAGUUUGGAAARAAAGAUUUGCGACGUAUUAGAUGUUCGUUUUGA